AUGGCGAUGCCAGUGGCGAUGCGAACGCCCAUCGUGAAGGCCGUGGUCAAGCCCGUGGCCAGGCCAUUGCGUUGGGUUUAUGCUGCCCCUAUGCAGCGCAACCAAAUCAACCAAGGACGCACCAAUCAGGUGGUCCUCCGGUGCCAAGAGCUUGUGUCGACGAAGGUGAUGGCUCCAGAACUGAAGGAGCUUCCCAAGGAGCUUCCCAAGCAGGUGGUGUCCAUGCAGGUGAAGCCACGGCGCAAAGAGCUCCCGCUGAUUGAGGGUCAAGUCCCCAAAGAUGCCGGUGUGGAGGGCAUGCACCCAAUCGAUUUCAAAGCGUUUUGGGAGCAGAAUCAGCAAAAUAUGAUUGUGGUCGACCUGUGCGGGCAAGAUCGAGCAAGCGGAGCAAUUCCAGGCACGGCACACAUCCCGGCCAUGGAUUUGCUGAAAGAGAUCGGGACGUACGUGGAGAAGUUUCGGCACCAGCCGAUUGUGACAUUUUUUUGCCAAUAUUCGGCGCAUAGGGCUCCGACAGUCGCCAACUUCUUCAGAAAGAGCUGCCCGUCCAAGCAGCGCGUCGUGGUGCUUGAAGGAGGCUUCAGGGGAUGGGAGGCCCAUGACCUCCCUAUCCAGCAGAUGGAGACGACAAUGUCUCAGAUGGCGUGUGACCAGCUGGCCUUGAAGUGGACAUCUCUUUGCAAUAUCUACCGCUCCUCAGCCGAGUGCUUUCAGCUACCUGAGGCUCCAGGCAGCCUUGGCUUGGAGGCCUUACGUUUGGGACCUGAGAUACAGAUGAUGCAGCCGAUGCAGCAGAUGCAGCCACGCUUGGUGCUGCAGCAGGCUGUGCUCAAGCAGCCAGCGGUGCUGUCGCAUGCGCGGCCAGCGCAGCCGUGGCUUGGACAGGUGCAUCAGCUUGGUCAGUUGAAUCCUGCGCGGCCCAUGGCGAUGCCAGUGGCGAUGCCAGUGGCGAUGCCAACGCCCAUCGUGAAGGCCGUGGUCAAGCCCGUGGCCAGGCCAUUACGUUGGGUUUAUGCUGCCCCUAUGCAGCGCAACCAAAUCAACCAAGGACGCACCAAUCAGGUGGUCCUCCGAUGCCAAGAGCUUGUGGCGACGAAGGUGAUGGCUCCAGAACAGAAGGAGCUUCCCAAGGAGCUUCCCAAGGAGCUUCCCAAGGAGCUUCCCAAGCAGGUGGUGUCCAUGCAGGUGAAGCCACGGCGCAAAGAGCUCCCGCUGAUUGAGGGUCAAGUCCCCAAAGAUGCCGGUGUGGAUGGCAUGCACCCAAUCGAUUUCAAAGCGUUUUGGGAGCAGAAUCAGCAAAAUAUGAUUGUGGUCGACCUGCGCGGGCAAGAUCGAGCAAGCGGAGCAAUUCCAGGCACGGCACACAUCCCGGCCAUGGAUUUGCUGAAAGAGAUCGGGACGUACGUGGAGAAGUUUCAGCACCAGCCGAUUGUGGCAUUUUUUUGCCAAUAUUCGGCGCAUAGGGCUCCGACAGUCGCCAACUUCUUCAGAAAGAGCUGCCCGUCCAAGCAGCGCGUCGUGGUGCUUGAAGGAGGCUUCAGGGGAUGGGAGGCCCAUGACCUCCCUAUCCAGCAGAUGGAGACGACAAUGUCUCAGAUGGCGUGUGACCAGCUGGCCUUGAAGAUUGGCCAGAAUGUCUCGAAGGUCAACUGA